CUUUUUGAAGGGAGAAAAUGGGUACCCAAUCCCAAAUGCAAGUGCUUCAGCUUCUUCAACCGUUGCCACUCUCAUUUUCUAGCUCGUCUUCCUCAUCAUCACAGAGAAGAGCUCUCAUUUUCAAUGGGGGUCGACUCUCCUCGUCUCCUUGCAGACGUAGCAAUCUCUCUCUCCAACACCCAAAGAGAAGACUUUCCCUCGUUCUCGCCACUGGGGAAGACACAGCUUCGACUUCGACUUCGACUUCAGUUUCAGCUGAUGCCGACCCUGAAGACCUCGAAUACGUGGGCCAAAUCAAAAGGGUGUUAGAGCUUCUCCGCAAGAACAGGGACAUGUUGUUUAGUGAGGUUAAGCUGACCAUCAUGAUUGAAGACCCAAGAGAUGUUGAGCGCAGGAGACUGCUUGGCAUCGAAGAACAAGAUGGCCCCACAAGGGAGGACUUAGCUGCCGUUUUGGAAGAAGUGAAUGAAGGAAAAAUACCAGAAAAUCGUGUUGCUCUUCGCCUGCUUGCAGAAGAAAUGAUUCAAUGGCCCAAUCUUGAGGUUGAAGCAGAAAAGAAAAAACCUAGCAAAUCCCUAUAUGCUAAAGCCACAGAUACCGGUAUUGAUCCUCGAGAGGCUGCUAGGAGACUCAACAUGGAGUGGGAUACAGCUGCUGAGAUUGAAGAUGGUGAUGCCAAGGAAGAGACAGAAGUGCCUGCAGCUUUGGGCUAUGGAGCACUGUACUUAGUCACAGCUUUUCCAGUCAUCAUUGGCGUUUCGGUUGUAUUGAUUCUAUUUUAUAACUCUCUCCAGUAGAGAGACCUUGUAAUGGAUUCAUCCAUCGAUUUUACUGUAUUUCUUAGUAUGAAUAUGAAUGAUUAGUUGUGCAAUAUGAAAUUUUGUGUAUCAUUGUCCCUGUCUCAUUCUAUAAAAAAAGAAUAAAGAAAGCUGCUUGUUUGCAUAAA